AGUAUAUUUGAAGUGAAUAUGAAGAAAGAGACAAAACAAGAGGAAACUAUUAUUCUCUCUUGCAUCUUACUUCGACUCUGAUCUGGAUCUCAACCUCAAACUCAAACUUCAAGUUUACUUUAAGUUGACUUCAAGAAACAAUGACCAAGAACUUAUUCUUCCUCUUCUUCUUCAUCAUCAUCAUUUUUCUUCAAUCUCCACCACGAAUCCAGUCCCAAAGAAUCCCAAGGAACAUUAGCAUCUUCAUCUUGGCCGGACAAAGCAACAUGGCGGGUCGAGGUGGAGUUUAUAACGAUACCGCUACAAACACAACCGUGUGGGACGGUGUGAUCCCUCUGGAAUGCCGACCAAACCCUUCGAUUCUCCGUCUAACGGCCAAGCUCAAGUGGGAAGUGGCUAAAGAGCCACUACACGUUGACAUUGAUGUUAACAAGACCAAUGGUAUUGGACCGGGGAUGCCAUUUGCAGACCGGUUGUUUUACCGGUUUGGUCAGGUGGGUUUGGUUCCGUGCUCUAUCGGUGGGACUAAACUAAGCCAAUGGCAAAAGGGUGAGUAUCUUUACGAGGAGACAGUGAGGAGAGCGAAAGCCGCGGUUGCUAGUAGUGGAGGCGGCUCGUACAGGGGAAUUUUGUGGUAUCAAGGUGAGUCGGAUACGGUGGAUAUGGUGGAUGCUUCGGUUUAUAAGAAGAGACUAGUCAAGUUUUUUAGUGAUCUUCGAAGUGAUUUAGAACAGCCAAAUCUUCCUAUCGUACAGGUGGCACUAGCGACAGGGGCAGGACCAUACCUCGACGCGGUGAGAAAAGCUCAACUCAAGACAGAUCUUGAGAACGUGUAUUGUGUUGACGCCAUGGGUCUACCUCUUGAACCGGACGGUUUGCAUCUGACCACUUCAUCUCAGGUCCUGCUCGGUCAAAUGUUAGCCAAGACUUUCGUGGACAUUCCCAAUUCUGCUAAGACAACUGUACCACUCUAUUUGCCUCUUCUCGUCUCCUCCUUAUGUUCCCUUUAUUAUCUCAUCUUUUUUGAAGUCUUGAGACAUACUUUUCUGUAACAUUUCUUUUUGGACUCGUCAUGAUAUUUGUUCAAAUUUCUAUAGAGAAUCUUAAGUUUUGUUCACUUAA